AUGGCAGGCAACUGUAUUUCUGUCAGUCUUCUAGGGGUGUUAUUGGUACUAAUCAGCAUCUUCUAUAAUCCUCUAGUCGUGGCUGCGAUCCGGGGCGAGGGCAUUCCGGCGGUAGGACUGUUUACAUUCGGAGACUCAUACUUUGACGCUGGAAACAAAAUGUUUUUCAGCAAAAAACAAAAUCUUCCCCAAAGCUAUUGGCCGUAUGGAAAAUCACGUGAUGACCCCAACGGCAAAUUUUCUGACGGUCAUAUCGUCCCUGACUUUAUUGCUGAAUUUAUGGGCAUUACGAAAGAGAUCCCACCGGUGUUUAAACCAGGCGUUGACGUAUCACGUGGAGUUAGCUUUGCCGUCGCCGAUGCUUCUAUUCUUGGUUCUCCGGCUGAAUCCAUUACACUAAAUCAACAAGUGGCUCAAUUCAGAAGUAUAAAAUCAAAAUGGACCGACGAUUUCAUCGGAAAGUCGCUGUUUAUGAUCUACAUUGGUACCGAGGACUACUUAAACUUCACCAAGAACAAACUUAACGUAGACAUUUCUGCACAAGAAGCUUUUGUCACUUCCGUUGUUGCCAAAUUCAAGAACGACUUAAGUUUGUUAUACUCUCUAAACGCGACUAAAUUCGCGAUUCAACUGUUAGCACCAUUGGGUUGCUUACCAAUCUCAAGGCAAGAAUACAAGACAGGCAACGAGUGUUACGAGCCACUCAACGAUUUAGCUAAACAACACAACGAGAAGAUUGGUCUGAUUAUGAACGAUCUCGCUAAAAAACAUCCCGGUUUACAUUUCACAGUCUUCGAUUUCUAUAACGCAGUUCUUCGACGGACACGUAGGAAUCUUAGCUAUAGGUUUUACGUGUCAAACACGUCAUGUUGCGGUGUGGGGACGCACGACGCGUACGGUUGUGGUAUGGGAAACGUGAGGUCGAAGCUAUGUGAGUACCAAAGGGCUUACUUCUUCUUUGAUGGACGUCACAAUACAGAGAAGGCACAAGAGAAGUUUGCUCAUCUCUUCUUUGGAGCGGACACUAAUGUAGUUCAGCCGAUGACACUUCGUGAGCUCAUUGUGUAUCCUUUUAACGAGCCUAUGCGUGAGUUUUGGAAGCCCUCUAUCACCACAAAUGCUACUUGA